AAGCUACUGAACAACUUGAGAAACCUGCACACAGUUAAGAUGUCAAUCACCUAAUAACUGGACUAUGGAACCCGUACCAGUCGGGGCCGACGACCCGACGGAUGCGCCACCUGCAUCCGCUGGCGGUUCCUGGGCCGCAGCCUGGGGAACGUCUACGGGAGUGGAUGACUAUGUUCUAUUUUUUCUUGGUUGUUUUACUGCCUAUCAUGUCUCGACUUCAUUGCUUGGGGGUCCACGCAUUGCAGAGGCCGUUCAAGCGUUAAAUCGGGCACCCUUCGGUGUGCGCUUUGGGUUUUUCUUUAUUUGCAGCCUCGUAGUUUUGGGAUGGGUCGCUAUACUGGAAACUGUUAUACAGAUGCUCGUGCCAGCCUAUUUCAUUUCCAGCUGGGGACUAGCCAUUUCUGGAGCUUUUACAUUACUAAGCGUUGGCGCUUUACGACUCCUUGUACGCAACACGGUGAUUACAUUAAAGAUCGCCGCUGCCCUACUAUUUAUUGUGCUUCCAGUUGAAGCCAUUCAUUUUUAUCUGAUCAAUAACUUUCGGAAGUGCAUUCCGCUUCCAGUUCUGUAUGUGGUCACACCAAUUGCUAUGAUGCAUUUUGUUAAAAACUACCUGGACAAUUUUGGCCGCCAAGAUAAAAAGGAGAACAAACGCAUGGUGACUAACGAACCCUGUGGUUGCGGGGAAUCUGGUGACGGGAGCAGGUGUGACGAAGACGAGCGGUGUCAUAUCGACGACGGCAGUUGGGCCAGGGAUUUUGAGGCCUACAGAAGUUUGGGUCGAUCGGAGCAGCAGAGGCUGGAGAAUUUAGCUUUGAAGAUCGAUCCAGAUUUCGCCAGAUACAGCUGGGAUCCGCGGUCGGCAAUGUUUUAUCAGCGACCACAACAAAAAACCAGUCAUCGACGUUAAUGUUUUCAAAAUCACGGGCAGAGUAACUGGCAGCAAUGCCGCAAAGUUGCGCCCUCAGGCGACCGAAUUUGGGAGUCUAUACAACAAAACUGUCGCUUGGACAGCUUAGAAACUAUGGGAGGGCUUUGUUAUGGAUCAAAACUCAAGUAACCACUGCAUGCGGCCUCGGCGGAUGGUAUCGUUCUUACGUUUUAAUGUUUUUAUAGGGUUUUUACUCGGUGAAUAAAUUUUUUAAUUAAGUUGUGUCGCUACUCGAUCGGAUUGUGGUUUGCAAAUGUUUUUUAUAUAAGUACAAUUAUAAAUAUCUAGAAUUGCAUAAUACAGAAUAAUAAUUAUCUUUUCAA